AUGUUACACUCCUCCCUCCAGGCCUGAUGGUGGCGCCACUCCGCAGAAUAACAUGUUUAUCAACAGCCAUAAAAACCUACCAGAAGAAGCAGCAGCUCCACUCGCGUCUUUAUGACGACAGAUUCAACAAGAAAAGGGAAAUGUCGCUAAUGAGCUUUUUGCCCGUGCCGACUCAGCUGUCUCAAGACCAGCUAGAGGCAGAAGAGACGGCCAAGGCCCAGAGGUCCCACUCCACAGCGCUGGUGUUAACUCGGAGAGAACCUCCUCCGUAUGGAUCCCGAAAAGGAUGGGUGCCCCGCAGUUCUGAGGACUUCGGUGAUGGUGGUGCAUUUCCGGAGAUCCACAUGGCUCAGUAUCCGCUCGAAAUGGGCCGGAAGAAGAGAACCUCCAAUGCCCUUGCCUUACAGGUGGACGCAGAGGGGAAGAUCAAGUACGAUGCAAUUGCUCGUCAAGGACAGGGAAAGGAUAAGGUCAUAUUUAGUAAAUACACAGAUCUGCUUCCGAAGGAAGUGCUUCAUGAUGAUGCUCCUGAACUGCAGAGACCUGAUGGGGAGGCAGUUAAAGAGCUCACAGAAAAGACCAGAGCUGCUCUAGAGAAGCAGGUGUCUCAGAAGAUCGCUGCAGCCAUGCCUGUUCGAGCAGCAGAUAAACAGGCCCCAGCGCAGUACAUACGGUACACACCUUCACAGCAGGGCGUGGCGUUUAACUCCGGUGCCAAGCAGAGGGUCAUUCGUAUGGUGGAGAUGCAGAAAGACCCGAUGGAGCCACCACGGUUUAAGAUUAAUAAGAAGAUUCCUCGUGGCCCUCCGUCUCCUCCUGCUCCAGUCAUGCACUCCCCCAGCAGAAAGAUGACUGUGAAAGAACAACAAGAGUGGAAGAUUCCUCCCUGCAUUUCCAGCUGGAAGAAUGCCAAGGGUUACACAAUACCACUGGACAAGCGUCUGGCUGCAGAUGGAAGAGGUCUUCAGACAGUUCACAUCAACGAGAAUUUUGCCAAGUUAGCUGAGGCUCUCUACAUAGCAGACAGAAAGGCUCGAGAGGCGGUGGAGAUGCGCGCUCAGGUGGAAAAGAAAAUGGCGCAAAAAGAAAAGGAGAAGAAGGAGGAGAAACUCAGGGAACUGGCAAAGAUGGCCCGAGACAGGAGAGCAGGCAUCAAAAGCCACGGAGACAAAGGUGGUGAUGACGGUGAGGUUAGGGAGCGUGAUGAGAUCCGCCAUGACAGGAGGAAGGAGCGACAGCACGACAGGAACAUCUCCAGAGCCGCCCCUGAUAAGAGGUCUAAACUGCAGAGGGACCAGGACAGAGACAUCAGUGAGCUGAUCGCCCUGGGCCAGCCCAACCCGCGCAUCUCCAGCGAGGCUCAGUAUGAUCAGCGCCUCUUUAAUCAGAACAGGGGAAUGGACAGUGGCUUUGCGGGAGGAGAGGAUGAGAUAUAUAACGUAUACGACCAACCGUUCGGGAGAAGCAGAGACAUGGCACAGAACAUCUACAGGCCCAAGAACACAGGCAAGGAGUUAUAUGGAGAUGACCUGGACACCCUCAUGCAGAACCAAAGGUUUGUCCCUGAUAGGGAGUUUUCUGGUACGGAUCAUGGCCCACGUAGGGAUGGACCUGUCCAGUUUGAAGAAGAUCCUUUUGGUCUGGACAAGUUCUUGGAAGAGGCCAAACAACACGGUGGCUCCAAAAGACCAUCAACCACUGGGCGCUCAAAGGACUAUGAUCAUGACAAGAAGCGCAGGAAGGAGUGAGCGGCAAUUCCAGUACGCUUUACUUUAGGGUUCACACCAGCUUUCAAGGUCGAGCCAUAGGGAAAGCUUCUUUUAAUAAUCCUGUCUGGUAACUCCUAUAUGACAACAGCAAAAUGUACCCAAUGUCUUUCAUGUAUUAAACACAUUUCUGUUUUUACAGUGAAUGUCAAUACAUAGAGCCUCCACCUUGAAGCUGACUUGCAUUCAUGUUGUGAAAAAUGAUGGAGCCCUAGCAACGUCUCUCAUCCUUUUUAAUAUUCUUUAUAAAUUUUGUAUCAUAAAAGUCGUAAGAGAAUUUACAGACCAAGGAAGUUGUAUAUAACUUGCUUGUGUUCUGUAUUUUUAACAGUUUACUCUUUUUUUUUUUUUUUUUUUUUUCCUGGUCUGUGCAUUUGAACAAUUUGUUUUUGUCUUAGAUAAAAUAACUGAUCCUUUGUAUUCAGUUGCGGUUUUCUCUCUUCUGCUAAAAGACUAGCAUAGAAAAAACGAAUAGUUGCCCUCUUAAAUCUGUAAAAACAUCUCAUAAUGUUUAAACAUCCAGUAAAAUACAGUGUACUAUGUAUGUGGGCUUCUAUUGGUGAAUAAAUCUGUAAUAUUCAGGUUCCA